GCCAUGUCAACAAUCAGCGAUGUAAGAUGCGUUGUGGAUGCAGAAAAAGUUGACAAUAUGUCGUUUGAAGAGCUACGAAGACGAGCUCGUCUGCUAGAAGGCGAUAUUGAUGCUAAACUAGUUGUAUUUAGUAAAUUAGCCUCCACUUAUGGCUCACAAUCUAGUUCUUCAUCUGCCGAUACUACACCUCUGUUGACUUCUGACGAUCAGUAUGAGAUACUUAGUGGGGAACUGAGUCAGCUCCUCUCUGCUCUUGCUGACAUCAAUGAACGGCUGAGUGUUGGCUCUUAUGGCUCUGCUGUGGCUCACCUGCACACAGUUCAGCGGCACAGGGACAUACUCCAGGAUUACCGCAACGAGUUCCAGCGGACUAGCAGCACGAUUAGGACCCGGCGUGAGCGUGACCAGCUCUUGAGCUCAGGAGGGGCUCGCAAGAAUGGUUCCCUUGCAGGGCUCUCACGCCGUGACUUGUACCUCAAGGAAAACGAGCACCUGAGCAACUCGGAGCGCAUGGUGGACGAGCAGAUCUCCAUUGCUGUCGAGACAAGAGACCACAUGAAAAACCAGCGUGAAGCUUUCAAGCUCAUACAGACCAAAGUCAAUGAUUUAUCCAACAGGUUCCCUAUGUUGAACACGCUCAUGUCCAAGAUCAACUUGAGAAAACGACGUGACAGCAUCAUUUUAGGACUGGUUAUUGGCCUGUGCUUGACUUUCAUGCUCUGGUGGAUGUUCUUUUGAGCUUCUUUAUAUGCCUUCAUUCUUAUCUGUUAAGCACAGUACUUGGUAAUGUGAUAUGACACGCUGUGUAUUGCAUGGUCUGCAAUUAGCUUUACUUUUAAGAAGUUUGAGUUACUUAAUUCAGAGUUUUGAUACGUUAUAUGUCCAUGAAAAUUUAAAGGUUAGGCCAAAGUUAAAUUAUGUCAUUUGCAUUAUUUUUUUAGAAUUUGUUGUGCGUACCUAAUUCUUUUGCAAUAUUCUUGUUGUUAUAUUUGAAAUUCGGUUGCGUAGGAUCAAACUUGAUAUCUUACAUGACCCGCCUCCUGCAUCUUUGCUUAUUUAUAUAGUGCAGCAACUAUUGCAUCACUUGGUAACUCGAUUAGUCAAUAGCAUUAAAUUGAAUUUUGUUCCUUCCCUUUUGUGAAGUGUGGUAGUAAUAUCCUAUUCAAAUAUUCAUAUUUCCAUGGGAAACAAAUUGCUAAAUUUGUUAAUUUAGGUACCUAAGUCACUUAAAAUGAACCUUGCAAUUUUGCAUAUUAUUAUCGGCGGAAAUGAAAAAUGUAAAUCAUGUUGGCUUAGGCCAAUGCAUAAAUUAUCUUGUUAAUUUUCAUCUUCUUGUUCGUAAUACUUUCUUUAUCUUGUCUGAAUGUGGCCACUCGCUGCCGUUGUUUUAACUUUUGACUAAUUCACUUACUAUUGUCUAUUUUAUUCAUAUCUGAAAGCCUGGUAAUACGAGUUAUCUUCUAUAGACGUAGGGUUAAAUGUGCUUGCAUGCAAUUACCAGUGAAAUUUGCCCUUGCCAUGUAAGGAAUUUGGCCUGGCUUGCUUGCCAAUUUUUCGUUAAUAUAUAUGUUACUGAAUUUUACGCUUAGUAUUUGAGAGAAAUUAUAUAUAUAAAUAUGAAUUGAUCGUCUACUGAUGGACUUUUAAAUCACAGACAUCUGCUCUUAGUCGACUGUACACUUGCCUUGUCGUGAAUGACGUUCUGCUGAGGCCAGGAAAUAGAAUUAAUUUUAUUUCACGGCCUGUACAGCUGGCAGCUUCCAAGCAACGGCUGUAUCUCGUUACUUUGGAAGUAUGAACAGUACUUCCGACUGUAUGUCGUUACAACGACUGUAUGUCGUUACAACGACUGUAUGUCGUUACAACGACUGUAUAUCGUUACAAUGGCUGUAUGUCGUUGACAUCACAUGUUGAUGGCACUACAUGUACGCCACGACGCACAUUCUGGGACUAAUAGUUUUAGUGUGACAGGAGGGUGCGACGUUACACUCUUACAACAGUGAUGUCAUAUGGUGUCAGUGAGGUCAUAUGUUGAUGACGCCGCAUUUUGAUGAUGUUAACGGAUGACGACACGGAAUAGAGCUUUAUUGCCUGUGGUGUAUUUGGCCUGAGCGCUACUGGGGAGUGUGGGUGAAUAUCUACCGAGUAUUUUUACAAUAAACUUUUACUUAA